AUGACGGAGACCGCCACGGUUAUCACAAUCACGGAGCUAAUCCACGGAGGUCGAGCCAUCACCGGUGCAUCCUCGCUAUUCUCCUCCACUGUUACGCCGCCUUCACAUUCGUCUUCCGAAUCAGGCACUAGGAACCCACAAUCACGUUCCGGUGCCGUUGAUUCAGACUAUACCCGUAGUUUUCUCGAACCAUUGAACUACCCAGCGGUUAUCGUCGGCACUCUCGCUCUUCCUUCCGAAACCCUAAAAUGUCCGAAUCGCUAUUGCUUUCGAUUCACAGACGGUAACUUGACAAUCUGCUGUGAUAUCCUUGGUCUCGAAAUCCGUGCGAUUGGGAGUAAGAUAUGUGUAUUGUCUUGGAAUUUCCUUCCUACGAGGCAUUUUGGUGGCUUUUUGGAGAUUAUCAAGUGGAAACUCGUGGAUACCGGUAAGUUGCUUUCCCGGUGUUCCAGUAUUGAUUCGUUUCCAUUGAUUCCUCCUCUGCGUUCACCACAAAACGGUGACCGUAAGUCACGGUAUAGCGUCCAUGGUGUGUUAGAGUCCAUUAGCCCUGUGUCGGUUGUUCCUUGUAUGGAAGGUGAUUCCAGUGAUUCUGUAAACCUUCCUGGUUUCUUAAUAAGGGUCAAGGCCUGUGAGUGUAAAGUAUAUAGGCGGAACGAUAUGAUGGAUUCGAGUGAUUGCAGUCAAUCUUUUGAGAAGCCGGUCUUCAUUUACUUCUGUGGUUUAAUGGCUGCGAGCUGGCACCCUGCGAUAACGAAGCUAGUUGGUGGAAAUGUUGCUCUAUCGGGAUUGAAAAAGAAGUUGGUUUGUACCCGCAAAUGUGAUUCUCUGUUGGUGUUUGUGACGACUGAGAACUCUGUUCUUCAUUCACCCUGGUUUUCUAAGAGACAGGUAGUUUCGAAAACUGUUGUUGAUAGGAAAGGUAACUGCGGUUCCUACCUCGGAUUUGUCAAAGGCUUGUACAUGAAAGGGAAGCUUGUUGAGCUGGAUGAAGAUGUCUGGCUUUUAUUGACAGAUCAGAUACACAACACACCACACAGUGUCCGAACUGGUUCACUUAUCUUUGUCAGAAAUGUACAUUUUGUGAAUACCAAAUUUUCUUGGGGAGAAGUGCUUAUACUUGGGGCAUGCUUCAAGACCAGCAUCACAGUUGAGUUUUUUUCACCUUUUGAAACGAGUUGUUUUGUAGAUUCAUGCCGGCAGACUUCUCUGAGUCGAUUCAUCGAGUCUCUGUCAUUUCCUGCAAGAUUUUGGACAUUACUCGUUAGAUCAUGCCUUCAGAACUUUGACAGAAUGCCAGCAGACAAGGAAAUCUUAAGAUCCUGUCAGAAGGAUGAACUGACAGAGAUGUAUGCAAAGUCACGAAUACCGCCAUCCAUGUUUCAACCUAGGUGUGGGCUUUUCAUUGAAUUCUGCAUGCAUGAAUCACGUGGAUGCAAUAGUGAAGCUCGUGAUUGCAACUUAAGACUGGUAAUGCCUAUCUCAAGUUUUGUCCACCACUACAAGGUCAUGCUGAAUGAAUUGCUUUCUCAAAUGAAGAGAGAUGACACCAAGUUUAGUGCUAGUAAUUGCUUACAUCCAUCAUCAACGCGGAAAAAAUACGGUCAUACAGACACAAAGAGUUUUAGAGGUGAAGAUAUUGGUGUCAUCUUGCUUGGAAAAUUGAAGAUCUCAUCUUCUGGAAGACUUCAAUUGCAUGACAGAACUAGCAGCAUUGAUGUUCUGACGCCAGACCUUCUAAGUCAUAGAAAUGCCUCCAGGAUAUGUGAGGUUUUUGAUUACUAUCUUAUUGUGGAUGGAAUACAUGAAUCAAUGCUUCAUAUGCUGUUUCUUCGAAAGACACUUCGUUGUAGAAGUGUUGUUAAUCCCACUCCAUUGGCCAUAGAAAACACCUUGACAGUGCCAUUUUCUCUAUCGUUUGGUGCUGCAAGUUGCAAUGUUCUCGAGCAUCAUUCUAUUGACUGGAGGCAUGAUCUCAAUGAGUUCAAAGGGAGAAUGUUUCAUCUGUUUAGGGUGACCCACAAAUUUCCAAUUUUAAAAAAUGGUCAUCCAGGAAUUGCUGACUGUACCAGUGUUUUCAUCGAGGCUGUAAUCAUUCCCUGGGAACUCAUUUGCAGUGUGACUGGAGAAGAUGCAGCUGCUCCUGAUUUUGAUGGACGUAAGACUUCCCAAGAAAAACGUCCACAUAAGAGAUGUAAAAACGUCCACAUUGAUGAUAGUGUAUCGUAUAUGCCACAUGAAAUAUCCUGCCAGAUGACCAUCAGAUGUGCUAGUAGUCACUGUUUGACCACAACAGCAACUCUGUCAAAUUUAAAGGAAAACAGAAAAGGUAAUAUGCACAGUGUCAAGCGUGUGCUGUUAGAAUUCUUACCUGAAUGCAAAAGCUAUAAUGAGUUGCAGAUUGGCGGUUGCUAUUUGAUGAAGCAUGGUACUGAUGAUUCUUUUUGUUUUGGACGGUCUGGCAUAUCUAACAAUGACAAAAUCAAUUUUAGAUCUGAAACACAUAUAUGGAGUCUGGAAUUUUCUUUUGAUGAGGUUCUCACCCAUGACGGAUCUGUGGAUGUAUACCCUAUAUCAUCUUCUCAACCAUCUCUUACUGUGGAACAAGGAAAUGUUUCUAGUCCACAACCUUGUUCAGAUGUUUCACUUCUUCUCCCUUAUGAUGCAAAAAGACUAUUUUCAGUAUAUCUCAAGGACUUAGAAGAACUUAAUAAGCCAGUGGCAGCUGGAGAAGACAAAAAUAAUCUUUUGUGCUGUCCUCAGAGGGAGAUGAUCAUGCGCGUGGAGGCGUCUCAACUACCUCUUUCCAACAGCUUGUUUCCUGAGGGAAAUCUAGCGACUUUCAGAGGCGAUGUACUAGCAGUUGAUGAUGUUCACUCUUGUGACAUUGAUGUUUCAAGCAGCUGUUGCAUUCAUGUUCUAGUCAACCAUCAGAUUGUGAAGAUUUUUGGUCCAGUCAAAAGGCAUUCAUAUCUCACUGGAUUUGGCCCUGGGGCAAAUGCAACAUUCUACCGGAUUCUUGGAACGGGAGAAGAAAACAGAUAUCUGUUGUUAUCAGCAUCGUUUAUCAAACUAAACUCUCGAAAGGCUUUGGAUGGUCCAUAUUUAGAGAAACCGACUCAUCAAGCUGCUUUGUGUCUGCCCAAAAUUACACAUCAGGAAUAUGUACCUGAUAUUCUUGCUGGUUCUGCUUCUAGUUCAUACUCAGGACACAAGGAUAAUCAACAAAUAAACUCUGUCUGCAAGGUUCUUUCAGUUCAUCUUCUGGUUCUCCAAACGAGAUCUGACGAUCCCUCAGAUUACAAAUGUGGGGAAAAUAUUGAUAUACCACUCGCCGGUUUUGUGGUAGAUGAUGGAUCAUCAACUUACCUUUGCUGGAUGAGUGGGAAAAGAGCAUUUACACUUCUUAGGCUGCACGAAGAAUUGCCUGAAAAAGCCAUUGAUGGGGCACAGAUGAUCAGAAAAGACAACAGCCGGAGCACCACAGCUUACCAUCUUGAAAAAGUUGUUGGGGCUCACAAGAGAAUAGUGAUGAAGUGCAAUGGAUCGCAGAUUGACGCACUCUUUCAAGACAUCACCAUUGCUGUUGCUUCACAUCAGCUUCUCACGUAUUCAGAGGAUAAGUUCCUCAAGUUGUUAAUACUAAAUGCCAGUAGUGGCCCUAUCUGGGAAAUUACCACGAGAUCAAUGGACAUGAAAAUGAUUCAGCAUUUGGAGAGAGAACAUUGUGUGGAGAUGGAGACUUCAAGAUUUGCAUUAGCAAACGUUUGGGGUAAUGAAGUAUGCAAAGUGGAUCCAUUGGUCCGAGCUUGGAGCUUACUCCAUGGCCUGCUAAAUAAGUGA